AUGGUGGGCGGUACGAACAAGAUGACAGACAAUUUAAAAACAGCCUCGGAAUACGAAACGCAAAAAGGGGAGGAAUCGGCGAUUGAAGGAUCAGGGAAUGAGAGGGAGAGGAAGGAUAGGAAAAACGAAGCGCCUGAGAGCAAACGUGAGACUCCUCCUGAUGUUCGCUCUCGAUCUGCUCUAUGUGGGUCCUCUAGGCGCAUCAAUGGGAGCUCUUCGAGCGCUGCUUCAGGAGGGGAAAGUAAGGAGGAAGAUGGGGAAGCAUGGCAGCAUGUUCCUCUUGGAAGGAACUUGCGAAGCAAGACGAAGAGGGGAUGCAAAACGCAGGCGGGAAAUGAAAAGCCGGUUAAAAGCGGACAUAGGUCGAAUGAUGGACGCAUGGACGUAGCAACGGUAAAGGCAGAAUCAGAGAAAAUGGAUCUAGGUGAGUUGAAAUUAGGUAAAAGAAGGAUUGACAAGACAGCGGAGGUGAAGAUGGGGGAUGAGGAAAGUGAGAGUAGGAAGUAUCUGAAAUUAUCACAAGAGAAAGAGAGGAAUAGAACAGCGAAGAGAAAGGGAGGAGUUGGGAAAGCAAGGAAACGAGAGGAAAAGAGAAGGGCACUCUUGCUAAAUGAAAAUGAGGAUGAUGAUGAUGAUGAUAAUGGCGAGGACUCUUUAGAGGAUGACAGGAAUUUAGAAGUGAGCCUGGAGAAGGAACUGGCGAAUAUCCGAGCGGGCCUCCGUAUGCUCGUCAUUGGCAGCAAAGGCCUGACGAAAGGAGAGGCCAGCAGGAUAUUCGCCAGGAUUGAACGAUAUGAAAACGUAAUUGUACGCAUGAGUGUAGAGAAUGAGAGGUUGGAAAGUACGAUGAAGUUGCAGGAGGAAAUGUUUAAUAAAAAAUUGGCAGCUAUGGAUGAACGAAUGAAUAGUAUGGAGGAUAUGAUGAAGCAAGUUUUGGACAAAAUGGUUAAAAAAAUAACUGAAGGUAUGGCGAAGAGCAUAGAAGCGAAGUGCUUGCGUGCGGAUGCACCAAAACGGUUUGACCCCAGGGUGAUCGUUUACGAUCUCCCUUCAUCGGUGACCGAUGCCAACCUACUUGAGGAGCUAGCCCAUAAAAACCUAGAUGGUUUAGCGAGGACAGAAGUUGUGAAAGAAAAGGUGAAAAUUGUGAGGAGGGAAAAGAGGGGAAAUGACGCAAGAGUGGGAAACGUGAUUGUGGAGCUGCCGAAUGAAUGGAAGGAAAAAUUGUUAAAGAAUGGAAGAUUGUAUGUUGGAUGGAUGUCAUAUAAAGUAAGAGUGUAUGAGAAAGUGUUGAGGUGUCAUGGAUGUAUGUUAUUUGACCAUAGAGUGAAUGAUUGUAAGAAUGGGAAAGUGUGUUACCGAUGUGGUGUGGUGGGACAUCAGGCCCGGGAGUGUCGGAGCCCCGAGGUCUGCGUCAACUGCAAGCGCAGGGGUAGACCUGCGGAUCACUCAGCCUUCUGGUCUGAGUGUCCUGAGUUUGUGUGGCGGCUGAAUGUAUUGAGAAAACGUGUAAAUGGCUAG